CGCCUCCAUGGCCGGUGAUCUACCUGACGAGUUUCCCAGAGAUGUCGAGCUGACCUCUGAGGAGAGGCCAUUGGCUGAUGCUAGAGCCAGCAGCGAGAGGCAAGAUUCAUUUGCUGGAAGCUGCAACCAGGAACCGAGGGAGAGAGACACUGAAGCUAGCUAUGAGAGGCAAAAUUUGUUUGCUGGAGGCCGGAACAAGGGGCCGAGGGAGACAGAGGCUAGAGCUAGCAACGAGGAACGGAACGAACGAGAGACUCGAACCGGCAAUGAGGGAUGUAGGGUGAGAGAGUGUAGCGCCAGCAACGAGAGAUGGACGGAGUAUCGUGUCUGGAGCCAGCAGAGCCAGUGAGGGGUGGAGGGAGGCGCCAUUAGCUGAAGCACGCAACAAGAGACAAAAGAUGAUAGAUUUUGAAGCCAGUAGUGACGGACAAAGGGAGAUAGAAGAUUUUGGGGCCAGCAGGG